UGCUAUUCGGAUCACGUGGAUCAGAGUCACGUGGCCAAGGGAGGAAAAAGGGGGUCCUUUUUGGUGUAAAUCUGGAGUCUAAUUCCGUAAUAUAUCACGGUACCUCGUAAAACCGACACUAAAACGUCCCGGCCUACAAAUCACCCGGCCAGAUUAUGAGUUCAUUGUAUUAUGCGAAUGCUUUAUUUUCUAAAUAUCAGGCCGCAAAUUCGGUUUUCCCCUCCGGAGUAUUUCCCGAGCAAACUUCUUGCGCAUUCGCUUCCAAUGCCCAGCGCACCGGCUAUGGCUCCAGUUCCACGGCCUCUUUCGCUGCUUCCAUGCCUGCUCUCUACCCUAGCGGGGGAGGUAUGCACCCCCAGCCCCCCGGCAUGUAUUCCAGCGGCUACGGUCUGGACACCAGCUCCUUCAACAUGCACUGUUCCCCCUUUGAGCAAAACCUGUCCAUGAUGUGUCCGGGAGACGCGUCCAAGCCCAACUGUAACAAAAGCGACCAGAGGGAGACGGACUUGCGGCACGAAAGCAACUUGCGAAUAUAUCCUUGGAUGAGAAGCACAGGAACUGACAGAAAGAGAGGCCGCCAGACCUAUACCAGGUACCAGACCCUGGAAUUGGAGAAGGAAUUCCAUUACAACCGUUACUUGACCAGAAGGCGACGCAUUGAGAUAGCCCAUGCUCUAUGUCUUACAGAAAGACAGAUCAAAAUCUGGUUCCAGAACAGAAGGAUGAAGUGGAAAAAAGAAAACAAACCUGCAGGGCCAGGCUCAAAUAGCCAGGAAAAACCAGAGGCUGAAGAAGAUGAAGAAGAGUGAAAGAAAAAGAAGGGAUGAAAGUGGGAAUGGAAGAGAGAGAAUGGCACUGAAAAGAAAGAAAGAAAGAAAGAAAGAAAGAAAGAAAGAAAGAAAGAAAAGCAGUCUGACUGCAUUGUUCCACAAAUUUAGAGGAAAAUGUAAAAAUUAACAUAAUAGUUUGUACAUUGAAACAAGAAACAAACAUCUAAGCAAACUGAAAGGAUUCUUUCUUCUGCUUCUUGACACUUGGAAAACUACCUAUAUUAACAUUUCUCUCUCUUAUUUUGUUUUUGUACAACAAAAAAGAAACCUACCUAUUAAAUGUCUCUUUAGAAUCAAAUCUAGGUAACUGUUUUGUUUUCAUGUUGGUAUAAUAUAGUCCAAGUAUUUGUAAAUUUUCUUGUUUAAAACUUCUCUUUUUGAGCCUCUUGUAAUUUAAAAGAAAUGGUUUAUGAAGUAAAAAUGUGGACGUGGUUAGCACUUUUCCUUAGAAAACUCGUGAACUCCAAAUGUAUGAAGGGAACACAAAACUUAGCAGAAGACAAAAUUGUUGUACAUAAUUCUGUAAAAUUUCUGUCUUCCUCUUCGUAGGUUUGUGCCUCUACGUCUGAUUACUGGUGCUGUUUUUUUUCUUGCUCAUUUUAUUUUAUUUUGUUUUUGUUGAUGUAUAUUUUUACAUGUUUGGCAAUGGACCACUUCAUUUUUACUGUCACUAGAGAAUCUGAAAUUAAUAUUGUGCUGAGUAAAACCAAUGUAUAUGAUAGCAAAUACUUUAAUAGUUUACCAAUCUUUUUGAUUUGUAUUCUGUGAUUACUCUGCGUAGAAAGGGGAAAAUAAUUAAAAACAAUAUUAUAAAUAUUCUGUCCAUUAAUGGCUGUAUUUUUUUUUUAUUUAUCAAAUUUAUAUGCCGUUCAUCUCGCAGUGCAAAGUGACACUGAGCAGCUUUACAUGGGUGAGAGAUAUCAUUUAUUUGGUGUGAACAGGGAAGCGUUCCUGUGUCUUCCAACUGGCGCCUAUGCUUUGAGAGAGCAGAUUUCAAAAAUUCCUUCCCAAUUCCUACUAUUUUCUUCCAUUUAUUGAUAUGCAUGUUUAAAAAUUCCUUUCAAUCCUAUUGCAAAAAUCCAGCAACCUUCUCUGUUGAUUACAUCAUGUUAAAAUCACAAGCUAUUUUAUUCUCCCUGCAUAAGGCAGGCAUAUGAGCUUACCAAUGUCAAUAGUUUGGCCACUUUGGGAACAGAAUGGAGGGUUAAAGCUUGUGAUGGUCUGCUUAAGAGUUGACAUCAAGAGCCUUGAUUAAGAAAAGAAGAGAAACUGUGUCAUGUGAUUCCCUUUUUUCAAUCAGCUUCUUCAAAAGACAAAAGAACAGCAAAUAAGAUACGCUGCGACUGCUACUAAUAAUAACACCAACAAAAUGCAUGUUCAGUUCCUUAGAUUUAUCUCAAUUUGUAUCUUUAACCUUUUCAUAGGGAGACAUCUAUCUGUGGCAAGUAAAAGUUAAUAAAAAAUAAUACAAAUGAAUGAUUUAAGCCAGAAAGGCAACAUAACAUUUGUAACAAAUUUCAGACACAUUCAAGGCAUCAUUUCAAUUUAGUUUUUCAGUUUUGUACUUUCACAUCCUAGACCAGUAAUUGCAGAAAUAGAAGAGGAAUGGUAUCUUAACUACUUUGCAUUUUAUUUUUUAUGAUUAUGAAGUACAGAGUUGCUUUUGUUUUCAUUUGUGGUAAGGUGCUAAAUGGUCAAAAUGUAAAGAUAAAUGACAAAUAGGAAAAAGCAAAGCAACUCUUAAUUAAACUUAAAGUAAAAAUAAAAUCAUGAAAUAGAUAUUUUUACUCACUCACACUUUCUGUAACAUUAUUUUGAUGUUUUAAAAUUCUUCUCUCCAGUAUUUUUCAGUUAG